GUCUAUUGUUAUUUCUAAUUAAUUAAUUAAUCAAGUUCUCUUCACACGAUCUGGGAAGAGAAACUAUAUAUGUGAUGUGUCUGGUAAGGCAUUGGCAGUGCGUUUCCCUUUUUCAUGGGAUGAUCAAUCACUGAUAGUGAACUGACAUAAAUGUCCAACAAGAAAAUAUAUAAAGUAGAAAUUUGGAACACAAUAAAUUCUUCCCAUAUCAUGAAUUAAGGAAAGAGAGAGAUAAAGUAUUAGCUCCCAGAAAUCCUCAUUUGCACUGUAAACCCUGCCCUUUUUUUAGCACUGUAAUGGCUCCUCGACGACGAUCCAGAAAGUCACUCAAGGGUCAGAUGCGUAUGGAUGCAGCUCUUGAUGCAAUGAGGAGCUAUGGAUUUCAUGAGCAAUUGGUUUCCGCUUCAAUCAAAGAGCUUUUGGAUGUUUAUGGUGGAGAUGGAUGGGUAUUUAUUGAAGAGGCUUGUUAUAAAGUUCUUCUUGAAAAUAUUCUUGAAAAAGUGGAGAAUGAAGCUAAGGAAAAGGGCGGUGACAGUGGUGGAGAUAAUAUCAAAGCAUCAGCUUCUGGGCCUUCAAGCAUGUCCCUUGCACUUACAAGCUCUAACGAGGAGGCUAAGGCCCUUGAAUUACAGUCUAGUGUAACUCUUGAUGGUGCAUCGCAGAAUAUGAAGGCUCUAGUCAAUGCAGAACCAACUGAUGGAUCAGAAAAUAAUGCUCCAGCCAUUCUACCACUCCCUGGAGGAGAAGAAAGCAGCUGGAAGGACAUCAACUUGGACCAAGACUCCAGGAAGAAGGAAAUAAGCAAUGCUGAAGGAAAAGAUGGUGGAGAUUCUCAUGUAGUUGAGAAACUUAAGGUCAGCAGCCCCUCUCUUCGACCCCAAGAACCAGUCAAUGCACUUACUGUUCGAAGGCGUAAACCUUGCUAUGGAUGGAUCAGUGAUAGUGAUAAUGAGUUGGAUCUUGUGGAACUAACACCAGCGCCAUUACCGUAUAAGUUAGCAAAGUUACUCUCUGUGACAACUGUUCCUAGGAGGCGCAAGAGGAGGUGGGAUGUAAGGCCUGAAGAUAUGUAGACUUUAAUAGCACUAGCUACUAACUUCUGAUUCUUGCAAGAGCAGGUGAUGUUAGCUAGUCUGCUCUUUCAUGUUUUCUACAUCUUAGGCUAACUUACUUUGUAUGCAAAAAGCAUGUGGGGGUUGAAAUAGAAUUGCUAUUGAGUGUUAAAAGAAAUAGAUUUAUAAUUAUUUUUUGGAUUUA